AUGAAGGCUCCGAGUCGCUGCUUGGCGCGUUUGCGGCGCGAUCGUGAGGCUACGCUACCGUCAAUUGACGGGCGCUCUGGUGGUGGAGGCAAGUGGAGUGCGGGCGGACGGGUGUGUAUCAGUAUAAGCAGCGGGGACGAGGAGGAGGACGAGGAGGUGGUGGUUUUGCAGCCAACGGUCGACGGUUCAACUGUCGUGAAGGCCGCGGCGGAGCCAGAGGUGGUUACAAUCGACUGCAGCAGUGAAGAGGAAAAGGAGCUGAAUAGGGUGGGAGAAGACGACGUGGAGAAGCCCGUGCGACUCAAGAGGAAGUUGGAAGUGCUGGUACUGGACGAGGAGGAGGAAGAGGAGAUUGUAGUGGAGGACUCUGUGAAGGAGAAGCAACAGGAAAAAAUGAAGACGCAGCAGCAGGUCACGACGUGGAACGAGCGUUGCGCGUUGAGAGUGCGGAAGCGGCGCCUUGGGGAAGAAGAUGCAGCUUUUUUGCUUUUUUACGGGGAUCGACAGACGCCUAGUGCUAGUGUUUUGCGACUACUUGUUGAGCUCAUUUCAGCAGGGCUAGGCGCGUCAAGUGAGUUUUAUGUCAAAUUUGUCAAGUACUUACUCUGGCGCAAACUGAGCUCGGCUGUCGAGGCAGGGCUGGCAAGCGAGCGCCUCGUGCAGUCCGAAUGGACUAAAAUCGUGUUCAGUUGUCCCAUGCCGCCGCAUCGUCGAAGGUCCGGUCCCACGACUCGUCCAACGUUGCUGCCACGUCCUGUUACGCUAAGAGUGCGGCCGCUACAAUUAUCGCGGCAACGCCACAACGUUUCCACAACUCAUAUCAGCAGCAAAGCUGCUACCAAACAGCUAGGAUUGUCUAUACGUGCACCGCCUCCGGAGUCUGGAGUGUGUGUAACAAAUGACUUAGCCAGGGAUAGGGUCCACUCCAGGGCGAAGAGUCCUACCAAGAGCACGAAAACGGUGCAGUCAAAGUCUCCUAGAGGUGAGGUACGGAAACGCCCACGCAGUGUAGCAUUUGGCGAUGGUGUAGCUACGUCUGAUCGACCUACCGCAUCUUCGCCGCGCAAGCAUCAGCGAGGUAACAGUAAGGCAGGUGCGCUGCCCGUGACGUCGCUUCAAGAUGUGAAUGUCAAGAGCCCGAGUGGUACAAGUGCCUGUCAGAAGCUUACAGAACCUUUGCCACAGGAUUGUCGAACACUUGGUGAAAAUAAGAGCUUACCUGUUGGGUGGCACCCACUCUGUGAUGACGGAAAUCAGAGUAUAGGUGGGGAGGAAUUACAACCGGCGAAUUUUGUGACGGUGAAUCCGAUGUUACAGAUGACAGCAGACGAGAUUGCACGACAUAUUGCGUCCCUUCGUCGGGAAGGUCGCAUUAAAAGUUUUGAUAGAGUGACGGAUAUUCUAUUGAAGCUCAUGUCUGACCCCAGAAAUCGGCAUGGUGUAUUUAAUACACCUGUGGAUCCAGUGGCUUUGCAAUUGCCUACCUACACGACGAUUGUGCAGCACCCCAUGGAUCUUGGCACCAUCAAACGCAACAUUGGUGCCGGAGAAUAUCUUGAGUUGGACGAGUUUGUUUCUGACGUCAGAUUAGUGUUUGAGAAUGCAAUGCUUUUCAACCCCGAGUCGCAUUAUAUCCAUGUGGAUGCUGGACUGUUGCUUAAGCGCUUUAAUGAAUCCGUAAAAGCUGAACAAAGUCGAGGGGCGAAGCGGCAAAGCGUGCAACAUGUAUGUCUGGUGUGUCGGGGAAACACCUGCGUUGUUUGCCAGCAGCAGUGCUUGGACGUCGCUCAGCCGAACCUACAGUGCUCGGCUGGCUGUAGCACCGAAAUCCGCAAGGGCUCGGUAUAUUUUAUUUCGAAAGAUGGCACUCGCGUUUGGUGUCACAAGUGCAGAAGUCGUUUGUCUCGACCCCAUGCACAAGAUGACCAAGCGGCUGCGUUAGUGGACUCUCUCAUUAAGAAAAAGUGUGAGCCUGGUGUGGAACCUUGGGUAAAGUGCGGUGAGUGCGACCGGUGGCUACACCAAGUAUGUGGACUGUAUAACCCUGUGAUCGGGGCUUACGGGUCUCAGAAGGCCUCGAGCACAGCUUCGAGUGGCUUACCUCUUAAGACUUGUUCGUACGUGUGCCCGCUCUGCCGAUGCCGGCGCGAGCGCGCAUCUUCACUACUCAAGUCAUCCAUGCGCAGGAUCUUGCAGCCCGAUCCUGAUCCCGAUGAGCACGCGCAGAACAGCUCAUGCCUUGACAUUCCGAGUUGUGAACUCAGCAUAUUUAUUCAAGACUUUUUGCGUCGUGGGCUAGACAAAGCUGGCGAAUAUGAUGCAGCUCGAACAUUGUACGUACGCGCGCUGUCUUUUCCAGGUGAGCACGUGGCUGUUCCAGAGGUGGUGGUACGGGUUUUUAACGAGAACUCGGAACAUCUAGCUCAGAAGCACCCUGGUACCGAUACUAGCUCGCAGCGAAUACCUACUCGUAUCACUUAUCUCUCUCGCGGGCUGUACCUCUUUCAGAAGCACGAAGGGAUGGAGAUUUGUCUGUUCACGAUCUUCGCUCAAGAAUAUGGCGAUGAUUGUGAAUUGGAAGCGAACCGACGUGCCGUAUAUAUUGCCUAUUUGGAUAGCGUCCGUUAUUUGAAACCUGCUACUGCACGAACGCUGGCAUACCACUUGAUUUUGCUGGCGUACUUCGAUUAUGUGCGGCGCCACGGUUUCUCCCGUGUGCACAUAUGGUCGUGUCCACCACAGAGGCGGAUCAGUUACGUGUUUUGGUGCCGCCCCCCGUUUCAAAAGACUCCAAGUGCUGAGCAUUUACGCCAGUGGUACAACAAGCUUCUUCUCAAAGCGAAAGACUAUGGGGUUGUCAAAGCCUGGUCUACGCUCUACGAUCGCUAUUUCGGUGAAAGCGUCCGUAGUCACCCUGUAUGCGGUGAUUCUGAGCGGCCAGUGUCGUUCGUUUCAAUGCGGGAAGAAAACGGUACGGGUGUGUCUACUCGUGGCACCACGGUGCAGUCCGUAAAUGCUGACGAGCUCAUUUGGCCAGCAGACCAGCUUCCGCCAAUUUUUGACGGUGAUAUCGUUCCAGCUGAAUUGGAACGAGUGAUUGGUCGUAUUCUUUCCAAGAACCAUAAACAGAGGCGGUCGAGCGAAAACAAGAAACGUGCAGCUGCUUGUGGGACUUACAGCGAGUCCGAUGGCGGCGGUGACAAUGCUGCAUUUGGCGGUGCGUGUUCACAGUCUAGGAACGGUGGUUCCGGUGCGUCACUGGUAGCGCCAGCAUCGCUACGAGUAGAUGUGAAGGUGCGCGAGGUGUUUGAUAAAUGCCAGUUCGCUAUUCAACGACUGAAACAAGACUUGCUGGUGGUUGAUUUAGAAGUACUGGAUGACGUCGAGGCAAACGGUGGAAUUGUGCUGGGAAACAAUCGAGACAAGGGGUGCCAUCCAGAGACACUUGUGCCUUCCUGGUACGAACAAGUCCCGCGCUUCUUCGGAAGUCGCUUUAUGUUUCAUCAGCUGUGUGCGUACGCCGGCUAUCAAUUCGACUCGCUGCGCCGUGCCAAGCAUUCGACCAUGAUGAUAUUGCACCACUACUUCAACGAACAGGCCGUCCAGCUCAGUGUGUUUUGCCGGGAAUGCAGUUUGCUCGUCACACGCGCAGAAUUUUGGUCUUGUCGGAGCUGCACGCGCUACGCGCUAUGUGAUACCUGCUACCGGCGUCAUGGGAACAAGCAUUCGCACCAGUUGACCUUUGGUCCAGCUCCAUUGCGGAUUCCAUCGAUCCAAAUGCAGAGUUUAGAGCACAGUCCCGCAUCUUCGGCCCAAUAA